UCGGUGUGAUCUGAUGUCACAAACAAGGAACAGUCACUACAACAGUUCCUCAUAAAUCAAAAAUUCAGAAAGAAAUAUGUCGGCGUGCUAGAGGAACUAAAAUAAUUAUUUGUACUGGAAAUCGGGUUUCUUAGUGUUUUAAAUUCACAAACCAUUUACGCAAAAUAGACUAUUUCAGUUUUAUAUAAUGGCUACACAUAUAUUCGGAAAACCGGAGUACAUAGUGGGUGGCAAAUAUCGUUUAGUUCGCAAAAUCGGUAGUGGCUCAUUUGGUGAUAUUUAUUUGGGAAUUAAUAUUACAAAUGGAGAGGAAGUAGCUGUGAAACUUGAAUCAAUUAGAGCUAGGCAUCCCCAGUUGCUUUAUGAAAGCAAGUUAUACAGAAUACUUCAUGGAGGUAUAGGAAUUCCACAUAUCAGAUAUUAUGGCCAAGAAAAGGAGCAUAACGUCCUCGUCAUGGACCUGCUUGGUCCAUCCCUCGAAGAUCUCUUUAAUUUUUGCUCACGGCGAUUUACAAUUAAAACGGUCCUGAUGUUGGCCGAUCAGAUGAUCGGGCGCAUUGAAUAUGUUCACUGUAAAUCCUUCAUCCAUAGGGAUAUAAAACCAGACAAUUUCCUAAUGGGAAUCGGACGACACUGCAACAAGCUGUUCCUCAUCGAUUUCGGACUGGCCAAGAAGUUUAGGGACGCCCGUACACGUCAGCAUAUUAUGUAUAGGGAAGACAAGAAUUUAACUGGAACUGCCAGAUAUGCUUCAAUAAACGCUCACUUGGGUAUUGAACAGUCGAGGCGCGACGAUAUGGAAUCACUCGGAUACGUUCUCAUGUACUUUAACAGAGGUUGUCUUCCAUGGCAGGGGCUAAAAGCUGCCACCAAAAAACAAAAAUACGAAAAAAUCAGCGAGAAGAAGAUGUCUACACCGGUGGAAGUGCUUUGCAAGGGUUUUCCAGCCGAAUUCUCAAUGUACCUAAACUAUUGUCGCGGUUUGCGUUUCGAAGAGGCGCCCGACUACAUGUAUCUGAGGCAGCUUUUCCGCAUUCUGUUCCGCACGCUGAACCACCAAUACGAUUACACGUUCGAUUGGACCUUAUUGAAACAAAAGGGAGGAGCGAACGGUGGAAGUAGUACCGCAGUCGGCCAAGCUCAGCCAACAGCGCAGGCGCAACAGGCGCAGCAUGUUAUUGUCGCUUCCAAAAAAGACGACGAUAAGAACAAGCAAAAUUCUACUAAAGGUACCUACAGCCAAAGCCAAAUACAAGCAAUAUAAUACUCUUGUACUUAAAGAAACCGUUAAUGCAAGAUCCGUCUUGUUGCACCAACGCAUCGACUGGGCUAAUGCCAACCAUCCAUGUUGGUCGAGGAUCCACACAUUUUUCAUAUUUGUUCAUUUUUUUUGUACACAAUAUUAUUUUCUGUUCGACCUAAAGUAGCGGGUAUUUUGAGGCUUUCUUCCAUCUCACACAAUAAUCUUUACAUGAAAUGUAACCCCAUUACUAAAAAAACCUAAUCCGUUUCUACCCACUUUAGGCUCGUAUUCUCGAGGAUCCUAAGACCUUUAUAUAAAACAAAAUCAUUAAACACUUAAUAAUCUUAAAGGAUUUAAAAAAAAUUAUAAGUGAGCAUACAUUUAAUAGUUUUUUGUUUAGUCUGUUAUUAGAGGUUUCAAGUAUAAUAUUGAA